AGUCCAGUAUAUAGAAAGAUUUUUUUAUCAAGUUGGAAUCCCAUUUAAUGCAGUACAUUUGGAUAGUUUCAAAUAUAUGGGAGAAGCUAUUGGGAGGUAUGGUCCAAAUUUAAAGCCUCCUAGCUAUCAUGAGUUGUGGGCUUCAUUGCUAAAAAAGGAACUGCAGCUUACAAAUGAUAUGCUAGAGGAUCACAAGAAGAAACGGGCAAAAUAUGGUUGCUUAAUUAUGUCUGAUGCUUGGACAGAUAGAAGACAAAGAAGGGAUAGAUUGUAUGAGUUACUUACUGCCUUUAUGGAGAGAAUUGAAGAGAAAUAUGUCAUUCAAGUGAUCACUAACAAAGGCAACAAUGAUGUCUUGAGGCAACAAUGAUGUCUUGGCAAGCAAAUUGCCACAACCUCAAAAUAAGUAUUUGUUUUGGACUCCAUGUGCAGCAUAUUGUGUACAUCUCAUUUUGGAGGAUACUGGGAAGCUGCCAAAUGUAAAAAGAACAUUAGAGAGAGCUAUUUUUCUAGUUGGGUUUAUAUACAACCACACAUUUACCUUAAGUUUGAUGAGAACUUGUACACAAAAGAAAGCAUUGGUUAGGUA